UCAAUUUUCCCAACGGCUCCUUGCUAAAGAUACCACUUUGAACUUUGACCCCUCCACUACACUGCGCUCCAUUAAUUUUCACUUUGAUUCUUCUUCAGUCUUCACUCAAAUCCUCUUCCUUCUCCCCUCCCUUCCAUUUAUAGCCGUUGGAGUUCUUCUCUCUCUGAUUCUCUUUAUCCUGCUUUAGCAAAAAUGGACACGAAAUCCACCACUGAACUGCAUUCUACUCCAGCUCUUUCUUGUUCUUUGAAGCGCAAGAGACCACCGAAGAUUGAGAUCCCAAAUGUGUUGCAAGAAAUCCAGGCUGAUAAGCUCAAGUUCAAAGACCUCAGCCCAAGUGAUGAUUCCAUUUGUUUCAGUGGGAUUGGUGUUGGUGUCGCUGCCAUUAAAGGCAAUAAAAAGUUCAUGGAAGAUACCCACAAGAUCGUUUCUUGCUUAAACGGCAGCUCAAACAAAGGGUUUUUCGGCGUUUAUGAUGGGCAUGGAGGGAAAAGGGCUGCAGAGUUUGUUGCAGAGAAUUUGCACACUAACAUUCUUGAAAUGAUGGAGAAUUGUACAGGAAAUGCAUCUAAGGAGGAAGCUGUUAAAGCUGGGUACUUGAAAACAGACCAAGAGUUCUUGAGACAAGGUGUAGCAAGUGGUGCCUGCUGUGUCACAGCCUUGAUUGAAGGGCAGGAGAUUGUUGUCUCAAACUUGGGAGAUUGCAGGGCUGUUCUUUGUAGAGGAGGAGUGGCUGAAGUACUCACUAAAGAUCAUAGAGCAGAACAGGAGGAUGAACGAAAAAGAAUUGAGAAUAAGGGAGGAUAUGUUGAGAUCCAUCGAGGUGCUUGGAGAGUUCACGGCGUACUUUCUGUUUGUAGAAGCAUUGGAGAUGCUCACCUGAAGAACUGGGUUCUGGCAGAGCCUGAUACAAUGAUCUUACAGUUGACCUCAGACAUGGAUUUUCUAGUUUUAGCUUCUGAUGGACUAUGGGAAGAGGUUGGGAACCAAGAAGCUGUUGAAACUGUGAUUUCAUUGUGUAUGCCUGAAAAGAAAUCGAGAUCCACAGGAGAUGUUCAAAAGGAUGAUGAAGUUUGUUAUGGCUGUGUAAAUGUAAGUCCUUCAUCAAAGAUGAGAAGAGUUUCUCUGCUAAAGCAUCAGAAGAUUCCAAAACAAUCACCUAGAAACAAACAGAAAAUUGGUUCCUGGAAAGAUAUGCAAGAUGACUGCAACUGCGAAAAUGAAAGUCCUCCAUUGAAGUCGAGAAGAAUUUCAUUGUUCAAGCGAAUAAACACCAAGAUUGAUUCACCUAAUAAAGAAAACAGUGUACACAAGAAGGGACCUGCUGCCUCUAUGGUGGGGCUUGCAGCUGCUUGUGAUGAGCUUGUGAACCUUGCUGUGAGAAGAGGCAGUAUGGAUGACAUCACUGUGAUGGUAAUUGACUUAAAUCAAUUCAGAUGUAUCCCUGCUUGCUUCUCAUCUAGCGAGAAGCAAAUCAAUGAACCAGCUGCAACCAUAACCAGGGCAGGCCAGAGUAUAUCUAUGUCUGUAUAUAGGACAAAAUUAGCAGGUCAUUGCCGUUUGAUCACCAUCACAUGGUGCAAGAACCUGCUGCUACAUGGCCUUUCUUUAUCUGUUCAAUCAACAAAUGGAAACGAUGAGGACUACUACAAGUGCAAGAUUGAAUUGAAGCCAUGGUACUUCUGGAGAAAACAAGGCUCCAAGCAAUUUGUAGUGGAUGGUAAGACUACUGCUGAUGUGGUCUGGGACCUUAAGGCUGCAAAAUUCAAUGGCGAGACAGAGCCACAAUCAAACUACUAUAUUGCUAUUGUCUCAGAAGGGGAAGUGGUUUUACUUGUUGGUGAUCUAAAGAAAGAUGCAUAUCGAAAGACACGAUGCAGGCCUGCUCUUAUUGAACCAAUGUUGGUGUCAAGAAAGGAACAUGUGUUUGGGAAGAAGAAAGUCAAGACAAGAAUCAAAUUCCAUGAGAAAGAGAUCAAAUUCCAUGAGAUUUCAAUUGAAAGCAACAAUAAUAGCAGCAGCAAUGACAGCAACAUUUGUGGGUUUGAUCCUGAACUUGAGAUAAACGUAGAUGGAGAACUAGCCAUUCAAGUUAAGCACCUUCAAUGGAAGUUCAGAGGAAAUGAAUCCAUCCAGGUGAGUAAAAGUAGAGUAUUAGAGAUUUAUUGGGAUGUACAUGACUGGCUUUUUGGUUCUGGUCCAAGGCAUGGUCUGUUCAUAUUUAAACCAGUUUCAUCAUCAUCAUCAUGUUCUUCUUCUUCUUCAACUGCAUCAUCAACCUCAAUGUCAUUGUUGACUACUCAAGAAGUUCCUUGUGCUCCAUUAGAGGAUGAUAAUGCAGAUGGGUCAUCCAGUUUUUGCUUGUUUUUGCAUACUUGGAAGGCAGAAUAAUUGGUGCAUUCAAGUUACUAUAUACAGAAUUAUCUGCUGAUCAAUUUGGAAAUAGAUCAGCUAGAUUGAGAUCUCAACAGAGAGAGGAUGAUGAGAAGCAUAUGGACCCAAAUGAAGCUGGAAGCUUGUCAUUACUGGACAAGCAUGGACAGGCCAGAUUGGAUAUCACAUAGACAUGCUCAAUAAUUUCUUAAUCCACAAUAGCUAUCCAAUGUUGAUAAUGCUAUUUUUAAAUAAAAUUUAUGUUUAUGAAUAAAGGUCAACAGUAUUUUUGAA